UAGGAACUAUCGAAGACACGAGAAAUACGGACUUAUUAGCCUGUGACACACACUAGAAAAGCAGAGUAGAGCCAUGUGGAUGGCGUCACGUUAACUUCAGUUUGGACUAACUUGGUUAAUAUCGUCAAAAAAUGAGCUGGAUCGUUCUUGGUAGCUUAAGUAUAGUAUAGCGAGUUUUUGUGAGUGUGUUUUUGUUCCCAUUACAAUCUUGCGCUCUGUUUCGAGCUGAAUUAUGGGGAAAUCAAAGACCCGGAAUCAGAAGAAAGACCGAUUACAGGCCAACCAUGAGGCCGAGGAGACUUACUCGGCUGUGCCCCACACUUUGGUGUUUCACCGGGGCCAGGUUGGAAAAAACGUGGGUCAGCUCAUUAUCGAUAUCCGGAAAGUCAUGGAGCCCUACACCGCAGUCUCUCUCAAGGUUAGGAAGAAGAAUGUGCUCAAAGACUUUGUUGCGAUAGCAGGACCACUGGGAGUGACGCACUUCAACAUCUUCAGCAAAACGCCCACCAGUAUCAACAUGAGAGUUGCUCGUCUUCCCAAAGGUCCCAUGCUUCAUUUCCAGGUCACCAAGUACUGUCUUAUCAAAGAUGUCGUUUCAUCUCUGAAGAAGCACAGGAUGCACGAGGAGCAGUUCAAGUAUCAUCCGCUGCUCAUCCUUAAUAACUUUGGACAAGAUGGCAUGCAUAUCAAACUUAUGGCCACCAUGUUCCAAAACAUGUUUCCUUCCAUAAAUGUGCACAAGAUAAGCCUCAACACCAUCAAGAGGUGUGUCCUGUUAAGCUACAAUUCCGAAUCAGAGGAAAUUGAAUUCCGGCAUUACAGCCUCAAGGUUGUCCCUGUGGGAGUGAGCCGUGGAGUCAAGAAGCUGAUGCAGGAGAGGUUCCCUGAUAUGAACAAGUUUGAGGAUAUCAGUGAGCUGCUGAUGAAGGGGGCAAACCUCUCAGAAAGUGAAGCUGAGCAAGAUGAGGAGCACAACGUUACCGAACUUCCACAGGUCUACUCUGGAAGAGGCAACAUGGCGUCCCAGCAGAGUGCCGUCCGCUUGACCGAAAUUGGUCCUCGCAUGACUCUGCGGUUAAUGAAGAUUCAAGAAGGGAUGGGCGAGGGGAACGUCAUAUAUCACUCCAUGAUCUCCAAGACGGAGGAAGAAAUCCAGGAGAUCCUGAAGAGGAAGGAGGCAAAGAUAAAAGAGAAGGAGGAACGCCGGAAAAAGCAGGAGCAGAACAUCGCUCAGAAGACAGAGAAAAAAGAAGAGCACAGGAAAAAGAGCCUGGAAGGCAUUAAGAAGAAACGUGCCGAAGCUGAAGAGGACAGUGAGGUGGAGGAUCCAGGGGCUCAGGAUGGUCAGGGAGCUGAUGCUGAGUCUGAUGACGAGGCAGAGUACUACAGACAGGCCGUAGGAGAGGAGCCAGACGAAGGCAUGUUUCCGAGUGGAAAGAAGAAGAGGAGGAGUUCAGAAAAAUCUCAUGGACCUGCCAAGAGGAGGAAGUUGUCCCCUGGUCAAUCUUUAAAAGACAGAGGUUCCAAAUCACCAGGAGGACAGCAUAGAAACCAAACAGGGAAAAAACAACAGAAAGAAGGAUGGAAGAAAUCCAGGGAUGGGGAAAAAUCAUUUGGGAAGAAAAUGAAGCCUACAGGAAAGGCUUUUGGAGCAAAGAGAGCUGGAGAGCAGGAUAGAUUUGGUGGGAAAAGGAGAAAUGGGGACAGACCAUUCAAGUCUAAAAGUCAGAAAGGCAAAAUGGGCUUUAAUAAGAGUGCAGGAGGAAGAAAGCAAGGCUUCAAACAGAGGAAGGGAAAAGUGACGCCUCAAAUUAAAAGCAUGCUGUCUAACUUCUCUAAAUGUGAGAAGUUUCAAACAGGCGCCCUGCCUGUGGUGUAUGGAGUUGAGUUUGUCGUGGCUCUGGCUGGAAAUCUGUUCGCCCUGUGGCUGCUGGUCGUCAAAGAGAGAAGAAACUGGCACACCGGUGUUGUUCUGUCAUGCAACUUAGCCAUCAGCGACCUGCUGUACGUCCUCACCCUGCCGUUGUUAAUCGUCUACUACUCAAAGGACAAGCACUGGAUGUUCGGCGACGCUGUGUGCAAGCUGGAAAAGUUUCUUUUCACAUGCAACUUAUAUGUGAGCAUCUUCUUCAUCAUGGCGAUAAGCGUGAAUCGAUGCGUGGCCCUCGCUUGUCCAUUUUUCACCCGCUCCUAUAUAACGCCUGGCCACGCCAAGGUCACCAGUAUAGUCAUAUGGGUCAUCGUUGGAGUCAUUUCCAGUCCGGUGUUGAAAUUUGCAUCUGUUUGCUCAGAUGGGUCUAAUAACAAAAUUCAGUGCGUGUCCUUCUGCAACAAGACUGAACACCCUCACUAUGUUUACAAAUUUUUCCUCUCUAUGUUUGGGUGUCUGUUUCCCUUCCUGGUUACUUUCACUUCUUACUGUGUGGUGAUUUGGGUAGUUUGGAAAAAUGUUAACAUAACCCCUCUUGAGAAACGCAAAGUCGCCCUGUUAGUCGCAUCAGUGCUUGUGCUGUAUGCCAUUUCUUUCGUGCCUUAUCAUUUCUUUCAGAUUUAUCACUUGCAUCUAAGAUUAUUGCAUCCGGAAAACACUGUCUGUUGGAUCUAUGAUAUGUACCAAGUGUCAAAGGGACUGGCAACUGUGAACAUGUGUAUCCAUCCGGUCCUUUACAUGGCUGUGUUUGACAGUAUGAGAGUAGCGUGUUGUGGAAAAAGCUCAGAAGACAACAUCGGGGGGUGAUGAGCUGUUGCUCUUGUUGUGGUUUUUGUGUACAGUCUAACACAUGCAAUGCAAUGCAUAUAGCACUUGCUUGGCUUUCUUGUAGCUAUCUUAUUUCAAAGUGUUACUAGUCUCUAUUAUGAGUUUUCUAAAACACUUUCAUUGUGUUUCUUUUGGUUAAUUUCCUGUUGGCCUAGUUCAGCAAUAAAAAUUAUACUGAA